AGUGGAAGAACAAACUUUUAAGUUUUAAUGCGGCUAACUAUUUGAACAAAGUCAUUUAACCAAUCAAAUACUAUACCUCUUUAUACAUUAAAUAUAUAUAUAUAUAUAUAUCAUCUUGCAUGCUUUAGGAAUUCUUUCCUCUCCUUGCCAUGCUGUGAACUCUGGUUCUCAACAUCUUCUUUUGGAGUCAGCUUUCGAACGACGCGUUAAUGGCCUUUCCCUGAGAUUCUCCAACGCGCUUCCAUCUCUCCUUCUCUUUCGCUCACGAACCUCUUCAGCUAUUGCUCCGAUGAGAGGCCUCGCAGGCCACGACCGUCGAUGGGCCUCCGACACCAUCCCCACUGGAACCCACUCAACCAACGACUUCGUCGAGGUCACCCUCGAUCUCCACCCCGACGACACCGUCGUUCUCCGUAGCGUUGAACCCGCCGACCGGAACUCCUCCGGCUCAAGCACGCCGUCAAUGGCGAGAAGCCAUUCCAGCCGGAUACGCCAGUUCUCUCAGGAGCUGAAGGCUGAGGCCCGGAGAAUCUCGCAUGAUAUCAUGGCCGAGCUGAAGAAGUUCUCCAGGAGCCAUGGUCACACGCCCGCAGCUUCAGGGUUCGACUCCGCACUGGCCGCGCGCGCGCUGCGGCGGCAGCGCGCGGAGCUGGAUAGAUCGAGAUCGGGCGCGCACAAGGCGUUGCGCGGGCUGAAGUUCAUUAGUGGCAGGACGAAUGGUGUCGAUGGUUGGAAUGAGGUUCAGACUAGCUUCGAUAAGCUCGCCAUUGAUGGCUUUCUCUCUCGCUUGGACUUCGCUCUGUGCAUUGGAAUGAAGGAUUCUAAGGAGUUUGCAUUGGAGUUAUUCGACGCAUUGAGCAGGAGAAGGAGGUUGAAUGCCGAGAAGAUCAGCAAGGACGAGUUAUAUGAGUUCUGGUCACAGAUAACUGAUCAGAGCUUUGAUUCACGCCUCCAAAUCUUCUUCGAUAUGGUGGACAAGGACGCAGAUGGAAGGAUUACAGAGGUUGAAGUGAAAGAGAUAAUAAUGUUAAGUGCUUCCGCAAAUAAGCUGUCUAGACUGAAGGAGCAGGCUGAGGAAUAUUCAGCAUUGAUAAUGGAGGAAUUGGAUCCUGAAAGACUUGGGUACAUUGAGUUAUGGCAACUAGAGACAUUGCUACUCCAAAGGGACACAUACUUAAACUAUAGCCAAGCAUUGAGCCACACUAGCCAAGCAUUGAGCCAGAAUCUGGCAGCAUUGCACAGGGGAGGAUCCAUUCUGAAACUCGGAUCAAAGGUUCACUAUUUUUUGGAAGAAAACUGGAAGCGUUUAUGGGUGUUGAUGCUGUGGGUUGGAGCAAUGGCAGGGCUGUUCUUGUGGAAGUUCAUACAGUAUCGAAACCGGUAUGCUUUCCAGGUGAUGGGUUACUGCCUAACAACUGCAAAGGGCGCUGCAGAAACUCUGAAGCUCAACAUGGCACUCAUACUUCUGCCUGUGUGUCGCAAUACCAUUACUUGGUUGCGAUCCACAAGACUUUCCCGUGUAAUGCCUUUCGAUGAUAACAUCAAUUUUCACAAGACUAUAGCAGGUGCCAUUGUUGUUGGGGUGAUACUACACGCAGGAAAUCACUUAACAUGUGAUUUCACUCGCCUGGAAUCAUCAUCAAAUAGAAUGUAUGAGCCUCUGAAGGAAAGUUUUGGAGACAGCAAGCCAAACUAUGGAACACUAGUUCAAGGUCCAGAAGGUAUCACUGGGAUACUUAUGGUGUUAUGCAUGGUAGUCGCCUUCACUCUUGCCACCAGAUGGUUCAGGCGUAGCCUGGUGAAGUUCCCUAAACCCUUUGACAGGCUCACUGGAUUCAAUGCUUUCUGGUACUCCCAUCAUCUGUUUGUCCUUGUCUAUGUGUUGCUCAUCAUUCAUGGCCAGCUUUUAUAUCUCAUACACCACUGGUACCUUAAAACGACAUGGAUGUAUCUCUCUGUGCCUAUAAUUCUAUAUGCAGGAGAGAGGACUCUGAGAGCUUUCAGGUCUGGCUAUUAUUCUGUCAGGAUCCUGAAGGUGGCUAUAUAUCCAGGCAAUGUGCUCACACUACACAUGUCUAAGCCUCCAGGUUUUCACUACAAGAGUGGGCAGUAUAUGUUUGUUCAAUGCCCUGCCGUUUCACCAUUUGAAUGGCAUCCCUUUUCAAUAACAUCAGCUCCGGGAGAUGAUUAUCUUAGUAUCCAUAUAAGACAGCUUGGAGACUGGACAAGAGAACUUAAGCUAGUAUUCUCAGAAGCCUGUGAACCUCCAAUGCAUGGAAGGAGCGGCCUUCUCAGAGCAGAUGAAACAACCAAAAAAAGCUUGCCAAAGCUAUUGAUAGAUGGCCCAUAUGGUGCGCCUUCUCAAGACUACAAAAAGUAUGAUGUUCUACUACUUGUUGGGCUCGGUAUCGGAGCUACGCCAUUUAUUAGCAUCCUCAAGGAUCUGCUAAACAAUAUUGUAAAAAUGGAAGCACAUUUGGAUGUAGCACCAGACUAUUAUUAUCCAAGCGAUGGGACAAUGCCCUCAAAAACCAAAAAAGCUCUUAAGACCACAAAUGCAUAUUUCUAUUGGGUGACUCGUGAACAAGGUUCCUUUGAUUGGUUCAAAGGUGUCAUGAAUGAGGUCGCUGAGCUUGAUCAAGGGGGCCUAAUCGAGAUGCAUAACUACCUCACAAGUGUCUAUGAGGAAGGGGAUGCUCGUUCGGCACUCAUCACCAUGGUGCAAGCUCUCAGCCAUGCAAAGAAUGGUGUUGAUGUAGUCUCAGGAACCAGAGUCCGCACCCAUUUUGCACGGCCUAAUUGGUACAAGGUUUUCUCCAGAACAGCCACCAGACACCCAUAUGCAAGAAUUGGAGUGUUCUACUGUGGAGCACCAGUAUUGGCUCAAGAACUGAGUGCGCUCUGUUAUGAGUUCAACCAGAAAGGGGGUGCCAAGUUUGAAUUCCACAAGGAACAUUUCUAAAUGCACAUGUUUCCAAAUAGAGCUGCCAUAGCUGUCCCUUGCGUUUGAUUUGUACUUUAUAAAAUAAGCAUAUUUAAUUUAUAUAGGUAAUGUUAGGAUUUAAAACAAGAAUAAGGAUUUCAAAAAAAAAACAAGAAUAAGGUAAUCAAAUUCGACCACGAGUACACGGAAAUCAAUCAAUAAAGCCAAAAAUAAAUAAAAGCAAAGAAAUAUAGACACAAAAAAUUUAACGUUAUUCAGCUUAAAGUCUAUAUCCAUGGGCUGAAGCGAGCGGAGAAAUUUCACAAAAACAAACAAAGGCGAAUUACACAAAUGCAUUCAAAAAUAACCCCACAACUCCAUACUCGAAUA